GUGAAUUCACUGGCCUUUCGAAAGCUCCGCUCCUGAAAACAAAACUCAUCCCUUUCUCUGUCUCUCUGUCUCUCUGUUGGUGCGUUGAUCGGAUCGAUCCGAUCGAGUUUAUUGCCUUCUGGAAGAGAUGGCCUCGACGAUCCUCUCUCUCGUGUCUGCCUCUCCGCUCGCCACGCCGAAGAAUCAUCGCAAGGAGGCAGUGGGAAUCGCCGGACAUGGCAAGGAGAAAGGAAAUUCUCUCUUUAUCAAGGGAAAGUCUGGCCGAAUAACUAUGGCAGUUGCAGUUAAUGUUUCUCGCUUUGAAGGCGUCACAAUGGCUCCUCCGGACCCUAUUCUUGGAGUUUCUGAAGCAUUCAGAGCAGAUACAAAUGAUAUGAAGCUUAACCUUGGAGUUGGAGCCUAUCGAACAGAAGAACUCCAACCAUACGUGCUUAAUGUGGUUAAGAAGGCAGAGAAACUUAUGCUGGAGAACAGAGAAAACAAAGAGUAUCUCCCCAUAGAAGGUUUGGCUGCAUUCAAUAAGGUUACUGCAGAGCUGUUAUUAGGAGCAGAAAAUCCAGUAAUCCAUCAAGGAAGAGUUGCAACUGUUCAAGGUCUUUCAGGGACGGGUUCUCUUCGACUUGCUGCUGCAUUUAUCCAAAGAUAUUUUCCUGAUGCAAAAGUUCUGAUAUCAUCCCCGACUUGGGGCAACCACAAGAACAUUUUCAAUGAUGCCAGGGUUCCUUGGUCGGAAUAUCGUUAUUAUGAUCCUAAAACAGUUGGUCUAGAUUUUGAUGGGAUGAUUGCAGACAUAAAGGCUGCACCAGAUGGGUCAUUUCUGUUACUCCAUGGCUGUGCUCACAACCCAACUGGCAUUGACCCAACUCCUGAACAGUGGGAGAAAAUUGCUGAUGUCAUUCAAGAAAAGAACCAUAUUCCUUUCUUUGAUGUUGCAUACCAGGGGUUUGCAAGUGGAAGCCUCGAUGCAGAUGCUUCAUCUGUGAGGUUGUUUGUUGCACGUGGUUUGGAGCUUCUAGUUGCUCAGUCUUACAGCAAAAAUCUUGGGCUCUAUGCUGAAAGGAUUGGAGCUAUCAACGUCGUUUGCUCAUCCUCAGAUGCAGCAACAAGGGUGAAGAGCCAGCUGAAAAGACUUGCUCGACCGAUGUACUCAAAUCCUCCAGUUCACGGGGCUCGAAUCGUUGCCAAUGUUGUCGGAGAUCCAACUCUUUUCAAUGAAUGGAAGGAAGAGAUGGAAUUAAUGGCUGGAAGGAUAAAGAAUGUGAGACAGAGACUCUUUGACAGCCUCUCCGAGAAGGAUAAAAGUGGGAAGGAUUGGUCGUUUAUUCUCAAACAGAUUGGCAUGUUUUCCUUCACAGGCUUGAACAAAGCUCAGAGUGACAAUAUGACGAAUAAGUGGCAUGUGUACAUGACCAAGGAUGGAAGGAUAUCCUUGGCUGGAUUAUCUUUGGCCAAAUGCGAAUACCUUGCGGAUGCCAUCAUUGAUUCUUUCCAUAAUGUCAGUUAGAAGACUCUACAUCCUGAAUUAUAUUGUUCUUUCAUGAUGUCUAUGCUGGAAUUUUGCUAUGGUUUUCCAGUUGCGCUUAAGAGCAUUUCAAAGCUUUUGAGUCCACAAGUUCUUCAUUGAUAGGCAAUUAUUUGGUGGAGAGCAUAAAAUUUUGGUUCACCAAGGCCAUUGUUGAAGACGUUCUAUAGUUUUAGUUCUAAUAAAAGCCUUGGAUGCUUGCCAACAAAGUAUUUUCCGACAUAUACAGUGUUUUUGUACUUCGCUUCUUGAGUUUUGUUGAAGCAUUAUAUUUAAUGUAGGUCUAUAAAAUCCAGAUGUGUCAUUCAUCUGAUGCGUGGGCCUUGUGAUGAACCAUGUUGGAUUUGUGUUGAUGUGUAGUGAUUGAUAUUUUCAUUAACGCAUGCUUGGAUAUGUGAAAUUCAAAUAAUAAUUUAUCUAAUGAUUAUUUUCA